CCGGAAGUGCGAUCUCGAGCGGGCGGGGAAGGGGGCAGCUGGUUCCUUUAGGGAUCAGGUCCUGUGAGGCGGUCUCAGAACUGAGACCUGAGACCGUUUCCUCUCCAUCUCCGCUGAAUCUUUCAGGUCCACGGACUGAGGAAACGUCUCCACCGUCAUGGGAGGCGGAGACCUGAACCUGAAGAAGAGCUGGCACCCACAGACCCUUCGAAAUGUGGAGAAAGUGUGGAAGGCAGAGCAGAAACAUGAGGCCGAGCGGAAGAAGAUUGAGGAGCUUCAGCGAGAGCUGCGGGAGGAGAGAGCUCGGGAAGAGAUGCAGCGCUACGCUGAGGACGUCGGGGCUGUCAAGAAAAAAGAAGAAAAGUUGGAUUGGAUGUACCAGGGUCCUGGUGGGAUGGUGAACCGUGAUGAGUACCUGCUGGGUCGCCCCAUUGACAAGUACGUCUUUGAGAAGAUGGAGGAGAAGGAGGCAGGCUGUUCUUCUGAGACAGGACUCCUCCCAGGCUCGAUCUUUGCCCCGUCAGGUGCCAAUUCCCUUCUUGACAUGGCCAGCAAAAUCCGGGAAGACCCUCUCUUCCUCAUCAGGAAGAAAGAGGAGGAGAAAAAAAGAGAGGUCCUGAACAAUCCUGUGAAAAUGAAGAAAAUCAAAGAGUUGUUGCAAAUGAGUCUGGAAAAGAAGGAGAAGAAGAAAAAGAAGGAGAAGAAAAAGAAGCACAAGAAACAUAAACAUAGAAGCUCCAGCAGUGAUCGCUCCAGCAGUGAGAGCGAGCACGGCCAGGGCAGAUCUCAAAAGAAGAUGGCAAAUUCCUGUCCUGUUUUGUCCAAAGUCCCUGGAUAUGGCUUACAGGUGAGGGACUCCGACCGGAACCAGGGUUCUCUGAUGGCUGAGCAAAGGGAGGUGAAGAACCAUUCCCGCUCAAGAAGCUCCUCCCACUCACCCCCCAGACAUGCCAGCCGGAAGAGCUCCAAGGAAGAGAGGUCCCGGGACAGGAGGUCUCGAUCCCCGGGCAGGAGGUCACGGUCUCCAAGGCCCAGCAGAGCGCAUGCCUCUAAGGUAAACAGGAAAGACAGAGAUAGCCCAUCACCUAAAAAGGAGGUCUACCAGAGGCGGCAUGCUUCCGGAUACACCAGAAAACUCUCAGCAGAGGAGCUAGAGCGGAAGCGCCAGGAGAUGAUGGCAAACGCCAGGUGGAGGGAGGAGGAGAGGCUGAACACCCUCAAGAGGCAUGCCAAGGAAGAUGAGCGGGAACGCAGACUGGAGAAGCUGGACCCUCGCUCUGGCAAGUUCAUCCAUCGCAUGAAGCUGGAGAGCGCAUCUACUUCCUCCCUGGAGGACCGGGUAAAGCGCAACAUCCAUUCUCUACAGAGAACACCAGUAGCUCUGGAGAAGAGCUUCAUGAAAAGAUGAAAACCAGUCCCUCUUACUGGUUUUCCUGAAUUCUCCAGGGAGGCUGUGGAGUCCUUAAAAUUCUCUUUAUAAGAGUUCAAAUGGCUUCUUCUACAGAUGAAAAACCACCACUGUUCAAAGUGCCCCUUGUCCAUUGACUCCUGAAACAUGGUACAUUCUUUAAAAACCAAUGUGACUUGAUUUGGGGACCCUCAGGACCUUUGGCUGUGCACUGUGGGAUUUGACUGUGAUCUAAUGGUUGGGCACUGGGCUGUCCUGGGGGCUGGGAUGCUUGCCACACCUCUUCCCUCCCACCUGAAUGAAUGGAUCAGACCUUCCAGAGACCUCUCUCCACAGCCCAGAUAGACUCUGCUUACUGGGAUAAAUGAGCACUGACUUUAUUUAGUAGAUCUUCUGACAGAAUAGCCAAGUGUCAAGACGAGUCAAGAGAGUGACAUAAAACUGGAAGAUAAAACAGUACCCAAAAAAACCCCAAAUGAACUGUUAAAUAUUUGUCUUUGAGAUGUAAUAGUCUAAUGUGUAUAUGUACAAAUGUAUAUUUUAUACAUGCUUUAAAAAAGCUAGCUUUGUGAGAACA